UACUACUGCCACUGCCCAGUAGUUGUUUGGCCCAUUUAGUCUGGCUCCUCCUCAAAAGCUUCUCUAGUAGGAGACCCUACCAGCAGCUGCCACCUGCAUAGACUCUUACCUCACAGGAACACGCGUUCUCACUCACUAGCGCAUUGAUCUUGUUGAAAGCCAAAGUGGAAGAGCAAACUUUUCAAAGACAACAUGAAUCACUAAGCAGUGAGACUAUAACAAAGUGUACAGGCAACUCUGCUCACAAAAUUAUUCAGAGUUAACUAUUUCAUCAUUUAAGAAUUAUGACCAAGGAAGAAUCUUACAGGGAAGAAUUUAGCUAUGACAGAAUGCCAACUUUGGAGCGUGGGAAACAAGAAAAUGGGAAUUAUGUUCCGGAUGCUAAAUCUAGUGACCUUCAGCUAUCAAAAAGAUUCCAUCCGUGUUUUGUUUAUAGAGCAUGGAUCUAUUCUUUGUUGAUGGGGAUUUGCAUACUUGUUACUUCAGGAUUUUCACUUUAUUUGGGAAAUGUAUUUCCAUCUGAAAUGGAUUACUUACGUUGUGCAGCCGGUUCAUGUAUUCCCUCAGCAGCUGUGAGUUUUGCCAUAGCCAGAAACAAAAUCAAUGUGAUACCCAAUUUUCAGAUUCUGUUUGUAUCCACAUUUGCGGUUACAACAACAUGUCUAGUUUGGUUUGGAUGUAAACUUGUCCUGAAUCCUACAGCAAUAAAUAUAAAUUUCAACUUGAUUCUCCUAAUUCUGUUGGAGAUUUUCAUGGCAACAACUGUAAUAAUUUCAGCUAGGUCAAAUGAGGAAUGCUGCAGGAGAAAGAAAACAACUAUGUACGAUAGUACCAGCACAUUGAACAAUAUCAGCUUUCCAACUCGUAUCUUAAAAUCCUAUUCGGUAAUUGAAGUGAUUAUUGGAAUUUCUUCUGUGUUUGGUGGAAUAAUCGCUUUGAAUAUGGAUGUGCUAGUUUCCGGCCCAUAUCUUUCCGUAACUUUCUUUUGGAUCUUAGUGGCGUGUUUCCCCAGUGCCAUUGCAAGCCAUGUAGCUGCUGAGUAUCCAAGCAAAUGCUUGGUAGAAGUACUUAUUGCCAUAAGCAGUGUUACGUCUCCAUUAUUAUUCACAGCUUCAGGAUAUUUGUCCUUCAGUAUAAUGCGCACCGUUGACAUCUUUAAAAACUACCCACCAACAGUUAAACAAUCAUAUGAUGUGUUACUUCUACUUCUAAUGCUGAUGCUGUUAAUUCAAGCUUUCCUGACUACUGGAACUGUUAUAUUGUGUGUAAGUUUCAAAGCAAAAAUGCAGAUGCGUGAUUCAUUGUGGGCUGUGCCACAAAAACAAGGGUACAAAACAGCAGAGAUUUCCAGUAACAGCAUGAAAGAUUUUGACAAAGAGAAGGCUUGGAAAGCUGUUGUAGUGCAGAUGGCACAAUAAUCCGAACUUGAGAUAGUGAACCAAGAAAAGUUUUGCAUAAGGAAUGCUAAUAUCUGGUUUUGCAAUUGAUGUGGACACCGUCACAGAGCAAUUUAUUACACAGUGGUUUGAAAAUAACGGGAUAUCUGCAGUAAGCAACUGUUUCUUUUAAAAUAAUGCAGCUUUUACAGUAGAAUGUAUAUCGGAUUGUAGUUUAUUAAAAUUUUAAUUUUUUUAGUAACUGGCAUGGUUUAUUAGAAAUUAAUACCAUCUGAACAGAAAAAUAUAUAUGGUUAUAUUGUAGGUCUUGAUUAUACAGUAGACUCUCAAUUAACCAGCACUCAAGGGGAUUGGUAGAUGCCAGAUAAAUGUAAUUUCUGGUUUUUUUGGGAGUUACUAUUAAAAAUAGACCUAAUUUAUACUAUAUCCUAUCCUAUACUAUUGACUAGAUAUUAAUAUUGAAACACAGUAAUUAAAAGCAAAUAAAGACAAACUUAAUGUAAUAGUUUUAUUGUCAAUGUAGUAUGCAAUUUGAGUUAAAUGGCAGUUAACAAACUUUUGCCUAUUGCUUGAGUUCUGGUUAACUGAGAGUCUACUGCAUUAAUAUAAUUGCCAAUAUUCCGUUGGUGCAAUUGUUUAACCCUGAUCCAGUUGAAUUUAAAAAACUUGCAUGAGUGACUGUGGUCUUUCCUGAUAUUGUGGGAAUCCCAAUAUAUUUUAGGGUACAACAGUGCCUCAUGUUCAUGUUUGUGAGUGCAGAAUAAAGCAUGUUUCAGAAUGUCCAAACAUUCACAUGAGAUACAGCAUUUGUUUUUAAUAGCUGUUUGCUCUAUUAUUUUUUUGCAAAAAUGUAACCAACAUAAUGUAUCUGUGUUCAAAAUUAUUUCUGAUUGAAAACAACUGCUACCUUGCUUUGACAUCCCACCCCAUAGUAAAUAAGCAUAAACCCUGAAGGAACAUGGUGUUGUUUAUUUUCAGAAACUGACUUCUCCCACUGCUUCCCAACAAUGUUGUAUUUAUUUUCUCCUCCUUUGUCUAGAACACAUCAACAUUUGGACAUCUGAGCAAAUGCUUAUUGUUAAUGGGUAGCCAAAGAUUUUGUUUUUAGGGAGGUCUGUCCACCUAGGAAAUCCAGAAUACACUGCUCUAGUUACAAAGUAAUUGAUUUCAUAUUUUUACCUUCAUUAAUAAGACACUCUUCUGUCUGGUAGGAUAGUAGGUUAUUUAAGUAAAUGAUGAAGUUUCAGAAGACAGUUGUCUUGCAGUAUCUUUCUACUUAGGAGAAAGAGCACAUCUCAUUCAAGCACAUUUUUUUCCUAAAUUUAUCCCAUUUUAAGUUCUUCAAUGGCAAAACACAAUUUAUUUGUUUGGACUAUUUUCUCUCAUCUGGAUUUGAUUUUUUAAAAAAAUGUAUAACCCAUGUAGCUGAAAAAUAGUUGUUUAUGACACUGAAUGUUACUAUGUUAUAAAGUACCUAAUGUGCAUGUCUACUUCUUCAUGGCGUUUUCUACAAUAAUGUGACCGAGGAACUAAAAUAUCUGGGUGAGGGGUAAGCAGAUUUGUACAGUUACAGCGUACGUACCAUUACUGAUGCUUUAUGCCUUUACUUUCCUUUUGUAGAAGUUGUAAAGUUCUUAAGAAUUUCUUAUUACUUUUAUAUAAAAUAAAAGCUUUUUAUCACAAAA